UUGAGGUUAUGUAUGGUUAUGAACGGAAUGGUACGGAUUGAGUAGAUGAAUUCAGUCUUCGUGUCUGCAUCAGUGUAUUUCAUUUGCAUUUUUUAGGUUUCUGUAUUCCUCUCUCUCCCACCAUGUCAGUUUUUUAUCAUGUGCACGUUCUACAAGCUUAUUAUUGAUUGUCAUGUUGCAAUUAUUUACCCAGUCGUGAGUGAUUUGGCAUGUUAAGUUUGAGCAUCUAAUUUUCUUUUAAUGUUAAAACAGUGCUCUUUAAAAUGUACCAAUAUACUCACCAUUUCGAUCUUGCUCGACUUUGAGCUUCUCUGUUUUUGAACCAGCUGUGAUUAAACUUGCAUUGUACUCAAAGUUUCAAAUAAAAGAAAAAUGAGUUUUCCUGGAGGCUCCAAAGUGAUUUCCGUUGGAUUAUUCUGCUCUAUGUUGGGUAUCUUAAUAGCUCUGUUUUUAAGCUAUCCAAACGAUGUAUUGGUGAAAAGAAUGAACAAAGUCUUAAAUGGUCUUCUUGAAGCAGAGAAAUUUGAAAGACUCGCCCCUCCAAAAGUUGCUGUAGGAUAUGGCGCAUGCCUUGACUUAGUAGUCGAUGCUCAACAACUUUUGCCCACAGUGGAUGAUAUUGAUGCACGAGAGAAUUUUGACUACAUCAGCUCUAUGGAAGAGCUAUACCAGUCUUAUUCCUAUUAUUUUCAGCAUGGCACCGCUGCAGAACGGUAUAUCUCAAACACAACCUUAUUCAAUGAGCUCAUCACGAAAGCGGCCAGUUUACCCUCAUCACGUUACUCUGUCGGUGGUAAUGCUCCUGUUAUGGCUACCAGAUUUGCUUUAGAAGGAUGUUCUGUGAUGUUGUCUACACUUGCAACUCCUUCACUGAGAGAGAAACUUCUACCAGAUCUGCAAAUUGUUGGAGGGGAGACAUCUCACGAUGAUAUCCAUCUUAUCCUGGAAUACAAAGCAGAUGAAGAAUGGGGCCAUCUAAAAGCUCCGCGAGCGAACAGGUUUAUUGUUCACAACGAUAAGAAUAACCCACUCAUAACGUCUCUGGAGGAACUUGACUCAAAUUUGGGUGAUUUCGGUCCAGAUUUACUUGUUGUAAGCGGCUUGCAGAUGAUGAAUGGAUACCCGUUUCCAUCAGGCGUCCGAGAGGAGAGAAUUGAGAAGAUAAGAGAACAGAUGAACAAACAACCAUCUUCAACAAGAAUUCAUUUUGAAAUGGCAUCCUUUACGGAAAUAUCACUCUUGGAUGAGCUCCUGUCCAAUGUCAUUCCUUUCUCUAACUCCUUGGGAAUGAAUGAAAUUGAGCUAGAAAAUUUACUGAGCAUUUUGAAGUAUGGCAACAUUAGCUAUGUUAGCGAUUCAAAUCCUAGGGUAGCUACAGUGCUUGAUCAAAUGCGACAAGUUUACAAGCUCAUCACUGAUAAAAGUAGGAACAUCAAGAACAGUCGCAUGCUGACUCGCCUUCAUGUUCACACGCUAGCAUAUCAAGUUAUCCUCACUACACAGCCUUCAAGAUGGAAGCACUCACGCGCGGCAGCAGCAAGGGCCGCUCUUACGGCACACAGAUAUAUCUGCGGAACUUCAGAGGUGGAUGUUGACCGAGCAAAAUUAAUACUCAAUGAAAGUUUCUCAACCUCGAGGAUAAUUGGUAGUAGACGAGUUUCAAUUAUCGACGACAGUCCAGUCUCUUGUUGGACAGAAUCUCCACAGUUUGAGAUCUGCGUGGCUCCUGUUUUAGUCUGCACUUCACCACGGCAAACAGCAGGUGGCGGAGACAACAUUUCCGCUGCUGGACUAGCACCUCAACUGUAAUUGCUCCUCUGAUCUCAUUAUAGAUGAAUGUGACAUAUGGGAAAAUUGUCAUCCCUUAAGAGACAUGUGUUUAAAUGAAAUUAUCUAGGCCACAAAGAACACAGUUAUACAAAUAUCCGCAGAUAUAAUUUCUCCUAGGGAUGGUUCUUAAAAUACGUAAUUCUAAACCGCAAAUUUUUCGACUCUCCCUCCUCCUCCCUAUCCCUUAAGAUUUAAAAACAAAAUGGCAUAAAUCUCUUCUCAACCUUCCUCUCCCCUAAAGCAUUAUGUAUUUAAUGAAGGACUCCUAACAAUGAAUGGACUUCAUUAUGUGAUUGGAAACUACUAUUUUUGGUUCAUCCAUAGAAGAACCUCUUUAAACAGGCAAACUUAUGGCAUACUGAUGUGUUGUUUCUAAAAUAAACCAGAAAUAAUGGCUUCUUAUCGCAAAGUGUAGUCUAAAUAGUAUGUUGAAUUUCGACUUGAAAUCGAAAACUAGUGGUGCAUUAUAACUUAUUUGGUUUUUAAGUUCAGUUUUGAAACUAGAAUAUUUGUUAUUUGUAAGAAUUUAUACAAAAUUUUGAAGGGCUGCAUAGUUUAUUCGCCCUGUUUUUCUUUUGCAGCUAUUCUAUUUGCUGAAAAGUGAAUUUUUGAGCAUUUUUACAUGCACUGAAAAAGUACCCGACUUGAACUCAUUGUUAACAAUAUUGGGUCCUAAAUAAACAUUAAAAUCACUUGAAUCAAAUAGAUUUCUGCUUGAUAUUAGCAAAUUUUUUCUCGAUGCAUGCAUCUUCCUUCCUAGUUAUAGAGAAAUUUCUCUUUGGCGGAAAUUUCAAGAUUAUUCCUGCCUGAAUCAAAUAACUUUUUUUCAGUGUAAGUUUAGCAAACAAAAUGUAGCAGUGCUCCUGCCCCUUUGUCAGCUAUAAGGAGGAGUCUUUUUUCCUCCUUGCAGGUUGAUCAUUGAUAUUGAUAGACAAAGCGUUAGUCUAAAGAGACAAAGGGAAAAUGGACAGAGUCUGUUGGUGGGAGCGGGUGGUUGUUUUAGACUGAAGAGAAAAUGAUGGUCUAACUACAGGGUCUCUCGUGGGUUGCUUACCUCCUUUAUCCAUGGCAACUACCAGCUUUGACCAAUAGAAUCUUUUCAUUCUCUCUGGCAAUUUGGCAGCGCUGCCACAUUUUCAUCAGUAUCUCAUGGAAAAAAGCUCAUGACUUUACUUUUCAGCCACCAUAUUGUGGAGACUGAUGCAUGGAAAUUCAUUUUCUUAAAGUUAAUUUUAUUGGAUGUUUUUGGAUAUGAUACCUAAAAACAACAAAAUUUAAUUGAUGGCAAGUCACAUGGAAUUUCAAGCGGUUUCCUUAUUUGUUGGAAGGUCUUUUUGUUUUUAUGAAUCAUUUGUAAUUUCUACUAGUUCUCAAGAAGUUUUGAAAUUCAGUACGUCCUUUUAACUUCUUAAGGCAUUUUGCUCUCUGUACAUACUGAAUUGUAACUCAGGGUUCAAAGGGUUUUUUACCCAUUUUUGUCUUUUAACUAUCGGAAAAUUUUGCCUUGCCUCAGACCGUAAAAUGAAUCUCCUUGGACAACUCACUAUUUCACUGAGGUUGAACAAAGUGCAAGUCAAAAUGUAUUAUUACUUGUCAGCAGAAUCGUAGUAAAUUCCAACAAGUUGACUGUUUUUUGCGAUCUGACAUUUUUGCCUCCAGGUUAUACUUUUUAUUUACCUCAUGGCCAAUUGUCUAAUUUCAUGGCAAAAUGCCCAAUUCUACAACAAGUGCGAUUUGUCCAAUUUUUACGAAGUGCUGAGCACAUAAGAACAGAAAGUUAUCACUUUUAAAGACUGUAUCACAUUUGCUGCAAUUUAUUUUCAUGGUUAAAAAGUUGUUGAUCCCAAGUUUCAAUCGCAUUAAUAGGAAACCCAGUUGUGACAAAAAUAUUUAGGUAAUAAUGGAUCAACAUUUGUGCAAGGUACUUGAGGUAUGGUUAUUUAUUGAGUAUAUUGUCAGUAUUUUGUAAACAUUUGGUCAGUAUUACUAUGAAAGGUUUUGCCUUAAUGUUGAUUAUAGUAUAGAUUCAAUAUUUACGAGUUUCUUUUAUAUUUCACACCGUAUGAUUUAUUCAUAAUUAUCUUCUAAGUUAUUGUUAUAUAAAUACUGAUUUCAAUAUUUUUUUUAAAUAUUUGAGCUUUUUUAUGAACUUUUUAUCAGAAUAUAUUAUUCCUGAAAAAAUAUUUAUAGGUACUUAUGCUGUUCUCAUGAAUAGUAUUCUUCAAAUGGUUUUCGUAUGCAACAUCAUUGGCUAUGGGCUAAAUACUCUUGUCUUAACAUGGGAAUAAGAACUUGUGUUUUUUAGGUACAUAGCUUGCCUUUUUUUAAAGUGGUAUUUUGGCUAAGGGAAAAAUUAGUUUUAAAGGGAAGUGAAUUCCUCGGGCUUUAAAGAUAAGUUCACUUGCUUUGAAUCUCAGAUAAUCUCAUGCUUUUAAACUUUAUCUUGUGUUAGAAUUUUGUAAUUAAUAGAAUAGAACAAAUAGAAAAAUUCAGUAUGUUGUUACAGGAAAAAAAAGUUUCAGCAAAAUGACGUAUCGAUGGCCAAAGUGCAAAACCACACAUUUCCAUCACAAUGUUUCAAAAUUUCCGCUCCCACUUUUUUCGAAGAAGAACAAGUCAAUUUCAUAGCUUAAAAUUUUUACAGGAUACUGUACUAAAAGAGAAGGAUAAUCAAGGAAGUAUUUAAAAAAUUCCCAUUGACUAGUUUUUCAAUGGAAAAAUAAAGUGUAACAUGAUGUCUGCAAUAUCACAAACAGAUAUACACAGUUUCGCACUAUGGCCAUUGAUAUGUGGAAAUGUCUAUUUGUCAUUUCAUUUUUUAUUUCAUUUUGUAUGUUACCUGCGCCUAAUUUUAAGGAGAUCCAUUCUGUCCGCAGAAUCCUAUUCUUUCUUGACAAACAGGACACUCUUUUAUAUUUUUUCAACUUGUUUUGAACACAUCUCAAAGAUACAUCUGCCUUGUUCAUUUCAUGCAAAAAUCUGUAAUUGACAUUUGGCUUUUUAGCCUUGGUCAACAUGAUUUAGAAUUUAUAACUUCUUAAUUUUAUGUGGUGGUAUAAUCCUGUGCUCAGGCAGUAUUGUUUAACUCCUUUUUUCUUUCGCUGGGUGUUAACUGCAAAAAAAAAAACAUGUGGAUGAAUUAUGGAGAAAUUUUAAUUUGUUUUCAAACGGACCAUCCUCUCUCUUUUUUCUGACAUCCUGUUUAUAACAGAGGAGUCCGAUGGCUGUAAUGUUAUUCCUAUUUUUUAUUUGUUUGUUUCCUAGCAUAGGGUACUCAUCUGUUUGAGGAGAUUUGAGAAGCAUUAUACCUCCACAUCAUAUUGCUUUGGCAGGUACAUGCUCUCUCAAAUCUCUGCUGCUCAGUGUUUUCGCAAUGUGUGUAGCUCAAUGAUGGUACCAGGAACCAUUAGCCAAACAUUUAUGGCUUUAUUUUGAUUUAACGUUUUGUUUUCUUUAGUGUUGUUAUUUUGUAGAAGGGCAUACGGAAAAUGUAAGGUUUUGUUCUCCUUUUCAUUUUAUUAAUUUUUUUCCCCCUGUUUCUUUGUUUAUCUUUACAUCUAGUCAAGUUUUAAAAAUAAAUAAGAAAUCAAAACCUAA